AUGCAGGACACGUACACAGCCUACGCCAUUGCGGCUCAGCAAGCCAUGCAACAGCAGAUGAUGCAGCAGAUGGCCAUGCAACAACAUGCCAUGCAGCAGCAGGCCAUGGCAAUGCAGCAACAGGCAGUGCAUGCUGCUCCCCAACAGAUGAUGCAGCAAGGCUGGCAGCAAUACCCACAACAGGCUCAGUCUAUGUAUGGCAACCAGCAGAUGUUCCAGAUGCCUGCGGAGUGGGUGCUAUAUUAUGACCAGCAAGGGCAGCAGUACUAUUACAACGAGAGGACGGGUCAAAGCGCAUGGUCCCUCCCACCAGGAACCAAUUUCAGACAUGGAGCAUGUGGCGGCUGCGGUGGCUGCGGCGGCUGCGGCGGCUGCGGCGGCUGCGGCGGCUGCGGCUGUGGCGGCAUGCCUUACGGACAGCCCAUGCAGCAGAUGUGGGGUCAACCUGGCUACCAGUCCUGGGGCUAA